GACAUUACUGUCAUUAAUUUAAAAGGUAUUUAGUUUGUUCGCUUUUCUUUGUAGAGUAAGGUUAUUUUGGAAAUAAAGCUAUAAAGUGUUUAAUAUCUUAUUGAAUAUCAAGUCCAGUUAAUUUAUUUGCCUUCUGGUUAAAAAAAGUGAAAGAACCUUUUACACAAGCAAAGUAAAUGUAUUCAAAAUAUUAAGCCGGCAUUUUUAGUGCAAGGGCAACAAACUGUAAAAAAAUGUUAAGCAAUGUGCAGAAUAAUAAACUUUUUGAUGAUAAGUUUUUGGCUAAUACUUUGAGGAAUUGUCGGCGUUGUCCAAGAUGCCGCAGCGAAUAUUCCUUCGCUUUCGAUAAGCGUAUGGGCGACACUAAUAUUCGAAGUCAUCGUCCCUUUUUGCUAACGUGUGGCCAUAAUAUGUGCGAGAAUUGUGUUAUUCACAAUCGACGAAAGUUAGAAUGCGGUGUAUGUCUUAAGCCAAUCCCAAUACCACAGUCGCAAACUACUAUUAAUUUCCGAAUACGCCAGAUCUUCGAUAUGAACUUUUUUGUAAUGGGUGAAUUGAAUCAUUUGAAAUUUUAUCGUACAGACGGCUCAUUCAACAAUACCCUAGUCGCAUCUGCAGACAAUAUGGGUUAUAUUGCACCGCAAUGUGCCGAAUGUGAUAGUGCUGUCGCUACAGGCAAAUGCCGUCAAUGUAGAGUGUCUAUGUGUAAGCGUUGUUUCGAUUCGGUACACAAAAAUUCGAAAACAUUGCAAAAGCACCUUUUGGUACCAUUGGAUGAAAUUCGAGGUCAACAUAAUCAAUUGCCGAAGCCGAAGCAUUGUAAACGUCACAAUCGUAGUUCGGAUUAUUACUGUCGCAUGUGUGAUGUUACUUGCUGUUACGAAUGUGCGCGAACCGAUCAUAACAAUCAUAGUUUUUGCCCAUUAAUUGAAGAGAAUAAGAAACUUAUGGAAGAGUUGGCUUCGGUUAUGGAAAAUGUCAAGCUAUACCGUGAUAGUGUUCAAAAUGCUCAAAAGGAAAUCAAAUCAAUGGAAAUCCAAUUGGAAGAAUACGCCACAAAAACUACGGAAGACAUUUCUAAUUAUUUUCUAUUUUUACACGGUGUUCUGCAGAACGAGGAGAAACGGAUUGCCGAUAAAUUUAAGAAAUCGUGCAAUGAACCUCAACAGAUGUUGACAAAAACAUUCCGCAAAUUGGCUGAAUCUCAAGAAGUUUUAAACAGCAUGCGUACAAAUUUAGAAGAGUACCACGAAAAGCCACCAUUUGAUGUAAAUUUGCGUACCGUUGUUUAUAUUUGCAAUAAACAAUUAGAAAAAAUCCCUUGCCGUUUACAAGUUACCAAGAUACAAGAUAAUCCUUUCAGAUUUGAUAUAAAGAAAACCACUUUCGAAGAUUUACAACAAUAUUAUAAUUACUCUUAUACGGAUCCAAAAAUAUCUAUUAAACUUGGUGUUUUCCGUGAAGACACCAAUUCCAUAUUAAAGUCAUCUAUGCUUUUUGAUAAAAACGUAAUCGCACAAUAUUCUCAAAAAGACUGUACUACUACUGCUACUACUACUACUACUACUACUACAAAGAAGAAAAAUAAAAAUCAUAAAAGAAAUAAACAGAUGAAAUCAUCGAACAGUAAUAGUAUUUCUGAUAGUACGGAUUCGUUAAGAGAGGACAGCGGAUCUGGAACAUCCAUUUUAGAUGACGUAAAGAUCGCAUCUUUUGUAGCAGAAAACUCAAUGGAACAUCAUAUCAAUGUUCGACUUACACAUAUUCAAUCACCGAAUCAUUUUUAUAUACAAGAUAUUAAUGAAUCGCAAAAGAUACGUGAACUUUCGGAAGCCUUCUCCCUACUGUUCCCUAAGAACGUGCCAAAAACAAUAAAAGAGGGUAACCUUUAUAUGGCUUACAAUCAGAAGGAUAAACAAUGGUAUCGGGGUAUACUUAAGAAAAUAUUUCCUAACGACAUUUACAGAUUAUUUCUAGUGGAUUACGGUAUGCAUUUAAAUGUACCUAAAGAAAGACUUUGCCAAAUGAAACCUCAUCACAUAAACAUUCCAUUUGCGGCCAUACGUUGUGCCAUCUAUAACAUCAUGCCAGCAAACAAAAGAUGGACGAAAGCAGCGGAUCAAUUAUUAAUGGAAAUUACAAAAAAUGCACCGGCACGUUUGAGUAUAAUUGAAAAAAUUAGUGAUCGCAAUUUUUUGAUUGAUUUACACAACGAGCAAACGAAAUCGGUACGCGGGUCAUUUUUAUACACUGGCCUGGGUAAAGAUAGGCCAGGAUUUUUGAGUUUUAAAAUGCAAAUAAAGACAAUAAACCCGGACGUUAAAGAAGAAAAUGGAUUGGCCGUUACCCAUUAUUUUCGUGCUGGCGAAAUAUUCAGGGUAGCAAUAACUCAUAUUGAGGGACCUCAAGAAUUUUACGUUAUCAAGAGCGACUUAAUACACGACCAGCGUCAAUUUCAAAAUGAUUUAAAUGAAUAUUACACAUCUCAAACAAACAAACACGAGCAACUAUACUUGGGCAGCGUGCAAAUGUACUGCGUUGUGUGCUUAGAGGAGUUCUGGCAUCGUGCCAUUAUCGAAGAAAUUAAAGAAAAUGGUUACGUGAUGGUACGUUUGGUAGACAAGGGUACACGGCACCUAAUUAAUUGGCGUCAGGCCUAUGUACUUGAGGAGCGUUUUCGUAAAGUUCAGGAAUAUUGCCUACGUUGCGCCCUAGCCGACAUUGAACCAUUACAAGAAAAUGACUACACAUAUACCGCGACAGCCAUCAAAGACUUUAAACAAAUGGCAAACAAUCCUAAUUUACGUAUUGAAAUCUGUUCCGUACGUGACGAUGAUUACAAAGUCGCCUUGCUUGUGAGUAAAAAAAAAAUGGACAUAAAUGUGGGAGUUUCACUGGUGAAAAAUAAAUAUGGUAUUUCAACUGGGGAAACGACCCAAGAAACAGAGAUUACGACGAGUGUAUUGAAAAAUCAAACCGCGCCAUUUGAACUAAUGAAUAACGUAAGAUCAUCGUCGAAUUUAUUAAAUGCUCCUACGAAAACAAGUAGCAGCGACGGUUCGUCGAAAAAAGUGGUAAAGAAAAUCGUUAAACGUACACCGGUUAUCAUUACCCAUAUUGUUAAUCCGGGGGAAUUUUACCUUCAACUUGCUUCUCUAUCUGAAGGCACAAAGGCUUUUCACCGGCAAAUUCAAGAAACUCAAACUCGCAAAUAUAAAUUAUGUACCGAGCCUGAGUUCAUAAAUAAGUGGACUGUAGGCGAUGCCUGUAUGGUGUACACAAAAUUUCAACGUGCAUCCGAUGCAAAUAAUUUGCAUGAAAAUUUUAAUCUCUCUUCAAAUUUAUCGGAUUAUAAUGAGUGGUAUCGUGGAAUUGUUACCGAUAUUGUCAAUGACUUAGCAUCGAAAUCCACUUAUACGAUCUUCUUACGAGAUGUUGGCACCACUAUACAAUCAAUUUCUGCUGAUCAGUUGUUUCCCAUUGAUUCAUUAUUGAAUCGAGUAUCAAACGCAGUAUAUCUCUGUCAGUUAGCAUGCGUUGAGCCUACAGGCGAUAAAAGCUGGUCGCUAACAUCCAUAGAUUGUUUUAAACAUUUUACUAAAAAAUUCGAAUCUCUAGGGGUUACUCUGCAGAGCAAAUGUUCAUUAGAUAAAAAGUCACUGCCAAUUGUUUUAUGGGGUGUACUCACUGAAACUAGUGAUCCCUUGGCACCUUGCAUAACAAAGUAUACAAAUAUUAACUACAGCUUAGUUAAAAGCGGUUUAGCUCAUCUGGUAGAACCGUUAGAUCAAACUCAAGAAUUUAAUCAAUUAGAAGAAAUUGAACUUGCGGGAGACGAAAUUACAUUAGAGCAGUGGUUAAAAUCAUUUGCGAAUAAUGCAAUGCUAACAGCUAUUGAACGUAUUGCAGACAAUCCUACGCGUAAUAGUUGCGAUGGUUUUCUCUGUGAUAAUGCUUCAGAAAAGUAUGCAUCAUGCAAUGAAUUUUCUUUCGAAUAUGAUGAAUUAAGCGAUGUACUGACAACGGGACAAACGGUUCCACCUCAAGCCUGGCUGGAAUGCCGAAGAAUUGAGAAAACUCUUUUCACAGGCUUCCCAACCUAUAUUGAUUACGAUUGCAUUGUCUAUAUACACGACUGCGAAGGACAUGGAAUUUUGGAAAGAAUGUGCUUAAAACUUGGCUCCAAGUAUGGUAAGAUGCCCCCACCGCCAGCGGACUAUAAAUAUGCUAUAGGACAGCCAAUUGUUGCUGCUUAUACCGAAAAUGAUUUGCAUAAAAUGUAUCGAUGUGUAGUCGAAGCAUUACCUAAUGAUUGCGGUCAAUGGAGUGUGCGUUAUAUCGAUUACGGCAAUGUUGAAACUGUCGCAUUUGAAUCGAUGCGACCGUACGCUCCAUAUCCCAAUCUAAAUGCAAUAGCCAAUCAAUUUCGCAUUGAGGGUAUAAAACCGAAAUUCGGUGCGGAGAGAUUCCCAACGCUUGCUUUAGAUUUUAUACAUCUUAAUACCGUGGCACGUUGGGUUACGGUACGAGUAUCGGAAGAUGAACUGCAUAAGCCAAUUCGAAUAUGUAAAAUACGUCAUGGUGCUAUCGAUAUAGCACACUAUUCCAUAGAAGAAGGUCAUGCCGAUUCCGAUCAUUCUAGGUCACGCGUCGAAUUAAAUAUAAUGAAAUCCACUAGACAACGUAAUCCCAUUCUUUUCGAGCAAAAUGUGAACAACGAGUUUGUGCGCGGUAGCAUGGACAAUCGUAUGGAUGUUACGGGCAAAGAUGAUAGAUCUAGUGAGGAUGACGAUAUGCACGAUGAUAAUACCGAAGACGAAUAUGAGGGAUUAGACGAACUAAUUGAACGUUUAGACAAUAAAAGAAAGCCAGCAUUUGAUCAAUUUUCGGCUAUGACAUCAUCUCACGCAAUAAAUCAACAAGAUAGCCUUGUAACACUUCAAUUACCAAAAAGACGCAUGUUUGAUGAAAAUGGUUAUGCGGAACUGUUAAAUGAAAUGAAAGAUUCCGAAUUGAAUGUUGACUUGGUUGACGAUGCAUUCUGCGAAGACGGCGAUAAAGAAAAUAAAAUUGAUUUGGAAAAUGAAUUUGAUGAUGAUAGCGACGAAGAUGUCGUCUUUUUAGAUCACGGUUCCGAAAAUGAUUAUUAUUAUUGGCAGUCCGCAAAACAUGAGGAUUUAUGUGAACAAGGGCAAGAAUAUGUAGAUGAGCAAGCUUCUUUUUCACAUAUAGAAAGGGAUGCUGGCUCUGAGUUUGAACAAUUCAAUCCGAAUGCUACAUCAACGGCUAUAUCCCAUUUUAGCGGUAGCAAAUUUUUCAAACAACCGCAAUUGCCACAAAGCAUGAACAAUUUCAAUUGCUGUGUUGUAUCAAUUUUGAAGCCGGCCUUAUUCCAAGUUUUUCCUCUUCAUCUGGAAUAUGAAUACCGCGAAAUGGAUAUGCAGCGUACGAUUAAACGAAUGGCCAGGGUCGCACCACCCUUAACAAAAUUUAAGCCAAGCACUGUUUGUUUGGCGCGUUACACUAAAGAUAAAAGAUGGUAUCGAGCUGUAAUAUGCAGAUAUUCUGCAGAUAGUAAAUUGGUGGAAGUGCUGUAUGUUGAUUAUCUUAAUAGCGAAACGCUCCCAGUGACAGACGUGCGGGAAUGCCCUAAGGAAUUGUUAAUUUUGCCAUUGCGUACGUUUCGAGUUCGUUUGCAUGAUGUUAAACCCAAUCCCAUGAAGCCGGAAAGCGCAAUACGUAGCGCUCUUCACAAAUUGUUAAGCAGACGUAAAUUAUAUGCAGUCAUUAAAAAGCGGUCUACCCCAGCUCCUCCAAAGUGCAAAGCCCAUGUAUUUGGCACAACACAAGAAGAAGAUUCGGUUGCAAUAGAUUCUUUACUUCCGCCAAAGAGCGACGUCAUGGAAGUUAUUUUAUAUGAUUCGGCCGAGUUUGCUUUAAAAGGCGUUACCAUCUAUGAAUCGUUAAUACAAGAUGAUCUCUUUAUUCGCAUUUAAUUACUCAACAUUCUCACAUGUUAUUUCUCAUUUCAUUUUUCAUUUCAUUUCGUAAUCAGUAUAUUAUUUUAAAAGUAAAUGAAAAUGAAUUAAUGGUCUUUUUAUUUCGUUCUCUUUCUUAAUAUAUCUUAUCUUAUCUCUUGGAGAAAUUUUGAGUUAUUCGUUAUAGUAUUUCAUUGCCACUGAGUUUUUUAUUUAUAACUGAUUCAUUAUAUUUUUAUUCACAUUUGACUUUUCCCAUUUCU